AUGUUCGGCGAGAGCUGCAGGAAGCUGACUGAAGGAAACCCCCACCGCCGGCGGCUAUAUCUCGCAGAGGAUCACGUGAGGCUGCGUGUAUCAAACUUUAGUGUCAGCGGUCAACACCUAUCGCAACGCCCUCAUUUAUUUUUAAAAAUCCGUCCUCCGCAUCGCGAGAUCUAUUCCACAACAAUUAGCCGCGUCGAGGAACUCCACUGA